CAGGCCACCUGGCUCUCAGUGGGCGGGGCCGAGGCUCGGCCGUCCCAGCAUGCAGCGCGACGCGCCAGGCUUCCGGCUUCCGACUUCCGGCGAGUCUGGACGCGCCUGGGCCGGGCGCCUUCCGCGGGACGGGGAGGAAGAGGGAGCGAGGGCGAGAGGGGAUGUCUCUCUCCGACCGGCACCUGGCCGUGAAGCUGGCCGACCAGCCGCUGGCCCCGAAGUCUGUCCUCCACCUGCCCGAGACGGAGCUGGGCGACGACGCGCUGGGCGGCUGCAGCGUCUCCUUCCUGAAGCAGCUGGUCGCCGCCAAGCUGCAGGAGUCGGUCCCCGACCCGGAGCUGAUCGAUCUGAUCUACUGUGGCCGGAAGCUGAAAGACGACCAGACCCUCGACUUCUACGGCAUCCUGCCCGGCUCCACAGUCCACGUGCUGCGCAAGUCCUGGCCCGAGCCGGACCAGAAGCCCGAGCCCGUGGACAAGGCGGCUGCCCUGAGGGAGUUCCGCGUGCUGCACACGGCCCUGCACAGCAGCUCUUCCUACAGGGAGGCGGUCUUCAAGAUGCUCAGCAACAAGGAGUCUCUGGACCAGAUCAUAGUGGCCACGCCCGGCCUCAGCAGCGACCCCAUCGCUCUGGGGGUUCUCCGGGACAAGGACCUCUUCUCUGUCUUUGCCGACCCCAGCAUGCUGGACACGCUGGUGCCUGCCCACCCGGCCCUGGUCAAUGCCAUCAUCCUGGUCCUGCACUCAGUGGCCGGUGGCACUCCGCUGCCCGGGUCCGACUCUUCCCGUGGCCUGUCCUCCAGCUCCUACCGCGACCUGCCCGGUGGCUUCCUGUUUGAAGGCCUCUCAGAUGACGAGGACGACUUUCACCCUAGCGCCAGGUCCACACCCUCCAGCAGUGCCUCUGGCUCCCGCCCGGCCUCCCUGGGCUACAGUGGGGCAGCCGGCCCCCGGCCCAUCACCCAGAGCGAGCUGGCCACUGCCCUGGCCCUGGCCAGCACCCCCGAAAGCAGCUCCCACACGCCGACUCCCGGCACCCAGGGCCACUCCUCAGGCACCUCGCCACUGUCCUCCGGAGUCCAGUCAGGGACGCCUAUUACCAACGACCUCUUCAGCCAAGCGCUCCAGCACGCCCUGCAGGCCUCAGGGCAGCCUAGCCUUCAGAGCCAGUGGCAGCCCCAGCUGCAGCAGCUACGUGACAUGGGCAUCCAGGAUGACGAGCUGAGCCUACGUGCCCUGCAGGCCACCGGUGGGGACAUCCAGGCGGCCCUGGAGCUCAUCUUUGCGGGGGGCGCCUCCUAAUCCCCCAAAUACACCGUGAUGAACUGCA